GUCGCCACAGUCGCAGAGCAGUGGAAGCCGCGACAUCUGUGUUGUUGUCAGUGUGUGCGCGGCGCUAUGUACCGGAGCCGGGCACCGGGGAGCCGGGCUCAGCCGAUGGUCACCCCCGGGCGGCACUGAGCGGCAGGAUGUCGGGCUCGGCUCUGCAGUUCCUCGCCUCUCAUGGGCGCCAGACCCUGGGCCGCUGGAUGCACGGCCGGGAGGACUCGCUGCUGCCUUGCUCCGACUUGGGAGAAGACGAGCGGCCGCUGAUGCACAGCUCUCCCCCGCCGCAUGAGGGCGCCUCUGGGGUGGACCCGUGGAGCUGUCCGGGGGGCGCGUGCUGGUGCCGGAGCCUGGUGCUGCUGUGCGCGGUGAGCGCGGUGUGUUGCGCCUCGGUGGCGCUGGCCCGGCACUACCUGAAGGACCUGCUGGUGUGGGUGGAGAGCCUGGACAGUGUGGUCGGGGUGCUGCUCUUUAUCGUGGGCUUCAUCCUGGUGUCCCUGCCCUGUGUCUGGGGGUACAUCGUCCUGAACGUGGCGGCCGGGUACCUGUACGGCCUGGUGCUGGGGAUCGGGCUGGUCAUAGUCGGGGUGCUCAUCGGGACCUUCAUCGCCCACCUGCUCUGCAAGAAACUGCUCACCCACUGGGUGCUGGCGAAGAUCGAGAGCAGCCAGAGACUGGGAGCUGUCAUCCGGGUGGUGGAGGGGGGCAGCGGGCUCAAGGUGGUAGCCCUGGCCCGGCUCACCCCCAUCCCCUUCGGCCUCCAGAAUGCUGUGUUCUCGAUCACAGAUCUCUCUUUACCGAACUACCUUGCAGCCUCUUCAGUCGGCCUGUUCCCAACCCAAUUGUUAAAUUCCUACUUGGGAACAACAUUACGUACAAUGGAGGAUGUCAUUGCUGAACAAAGCGUUAGUGGAUACUUUAUAUUCAGCUUCCAGAUUUUAAUAAGCAUAGCUCUUAUGUUCUAUGUUGUCCACCGGGCCCGUGAGCUGAAUGCAGCUAUCAUGGCUUGUGAAAUGGAGCUGAAGACCUCUCUGAAGGGCAGUCAACUUAACGGCGGCAGCUCCAUUUUCUGCAGCAAAAGAACCUUGUUCUCUAUGGGUGGGAUUAACAUUGUAUGAUCUCUGCUCAAGCCGUGCAGCCUUUUGUUAUUGCCAAGAUUCCAGUGACUUUUCCCCUUCAUUAAAGAAAGACUUGAGCUCCUCCGGAACUUUCCAAAUGAACCUUAAGUGGUUUUCCUUUUGAAAGGAUGCCCACCAGGAUCUCCAUGUUGGCAGCAUUCCUGGAUCUUCACAUUCUGUGUGUGCCAUGGCAUAUACAAUGCACCUUUCCUGCACAGCUCUUAAGAACAAUUGUCAUGGCAUAUUUAUUUAUUAAUGCACAUAGCUAUUUCAUACGAAAUGAAGAAAAAUUGUACAAAAUGCAGAAGUAUGUCUGUGAUUUUUCAUGUUUUGUUUUGCAUUUAAAGUACUGUUAGAGGAUCGGGGCACCAAAAAAAAAAUUAUAAUACAGGUUGAGUUUUAGAAAACUUCUACAAAAAUCUGUAUGCAAGUCCCAGUCAAGAUAAAAGGAAGUUCUAUCUCAACUUUCGUUCCAUUUCAUCUAAACUGAAAAAUAGAACAACUCUGCACACUGCUUGCAUAGAUAUCGUUUUGUGUCUACCUAUCUAAUACAGACUUGUGUCUCCAUGGUAACAGACUGCAAACAAUCACUUUGUAGUCUGACCAUGAAAGUAUAAUUCCAUCCAACUUUUUUCUAACAUUUUUGGUAAUUUAGCAAGCUAUAAGAGGACAGAUGAGAAGACUACACUAAGUUUGUAGUCUGUUACCACGACAACACAUUGGUUUGCAUUAGAGUUGACACAAAACAAUAGAUUUUUUUUUUAUAUAAAGAUGAUUUGCAAAGUUGCUUUAAUUGUUGGUUUAGAUACAUUGGGACAAUACCAAAAUAGUUUUACAGUUGUGUUUUUGGGGCAGAGGUUUCUCUUGCGUAGAAGUUGACUUCUUGCCGUGCAAUGGAAUUGACCACAUUAUAGACACAUAAACCUAUAAAGUCUGUAUGGCUCCAAAUAUAAAUAGACACGUAGCUGCGUAUGAUGUUGGGAACGUUUACAUACAUAUUGAUGAAUGUUGUAGGUAGCUAUUUCAUAUAAAUUUCUGUAUUAGGCUUAUUAGUUCUUUUAACAACUGCCUAAAAUAGUGUUUAACCAUAGGAUCAUUUUUAGGAAAGGGAAACAAUUCAGAAUCCCCAUUACAAAGUGCCCUUAAACCAGUUGUGUUAACAGUUUGAGUUCCUUAGACACAACUGGAGUUUUGGUUUGUUGCGGGUAAAAGCCAUGUUUAUGUCAAGGGCUAGAUUUACAGAUAGUUGUUGUUUACCUGAACAGGUUAAAUUAAGGGGUCAUGCACACUGCCGAGUAUUUGAAAGAAAUCUCUGAGGCUCUGUACUAUGGAGCCAUAGAUAUUCCAUAUGCCACCAAGUGGCAAGCUACCAUAGAAGCAAUCUAUCUGAAGUGUUGGAACAUUCCAAAUUUUUUUCUCCCAUGGGGAGGUACACAAUGACCCAUGCACUUCUACCAGUGCAGUUAUACAGUGAUGUGCAUGAGUACUACAUGGUCACUUGUGCGGUGCCUCUGUACAGUACCCUAUAAGGGUCGUGUCACACAUACAGUGGGACAAAAAAGUAUUUAGUCAGCCACCAAUUGUGCAAGUUCUCCCACAUAGGUACACCUCAAAUAUAAGCGACAUAAUGAGAAAAAAAAAUCCAUAAAGUACAUUGUCUGAUUUUUAAAGAAUUUAUUUGCAAAUUGUGUGGAAAAGAGGUAUUUGGUCAAUAACAGCAAAAGUUAAUCUCAAUACUUUGUUGUAUACCCUUUAUUGGCAAUGACAGAGGUCAAACGUUUUCUGUAAGUCUUCACAAAGUUUUCACACACUGGUAUUUUGCUGUUGCUGGUAUUUUGGCCCAUUACUCCAUGCAGAUCUCCUCCUAGAGCAGUGAUGUUUUGGGGCUGUCGCUUGGCAACACAGCGACAAAACCUCCAAAGGUUUUCUAUGGGGUUGAGAUUUGGAGACUGGCUAGGCCACUCCAGGACCUUUUAAAAUGCUUCUUAUGAAGCCAUUCCUUCAUUGCCCAGGAGGUGUGUUUGGGUCAUUGUCAUGCUGAAAGACCCAGCCACGUUCAUCUUCAAUGCCCAUGGAAGGAGGUUUUCACUUAAAAUCUCACACUACAUGGCCCCAUUGAUUCUUUCCUUUACAUGGAUCAGUCUUCCUGUCCCUUAGCAGAAAAAACAGCCCCAAAGCAUGAUGAUUCCACCCCCAUGCUUCACAGUAGGUAUGGUGUUCUUUGGAUGCAACUCAGCAUUCUUUCUCCUCCAAACAAGAUGAGUUGAGUUUUUACCAAAAAGUUCUACUUUGGUUUCAUCUGACCAUAUGACAUUCUCCCAAUCCUCUUCUGGAUCAUCCAAAUGCUUUCUAGCAAACUUCAGACAGGCCCGGGCAUGUACUGGCUUAAGCAGGGGGAUACGUCUUGCACUGCAUGAUUUGAGUCCCUGGCGGCAUAGUGUUACUGAUGGUAGCCUUUGUUACUUUGGUCCCAGCUCUUUGCAGGUCAUUUACUAGGUACCCCCUUGUGGUUAUGGGAUUUUUGCUCACCGUUGUGAUCAUUUUGACACCACGGGGUGAGAUCUUGCGUGGAGCCCCAGAUUGUGGGAGAUUAUCAGUGGUCUUCUAUGUCUUCCUUUUUCUUAGAAUUGCUCCCACAGUGGAUUUAUUCACACCAAGCUACUUGCCUAUUGCAGAUUCAGUCUUCCAAGCCUGGUGCAGGGCUAUAAUUUUGUUUCUGGUGUCCUUCGACAGCUCUUUGGUCUUGGUCAUAGUGGAGUUUGGAGUGUGACUGAUUGAGGUUGUGGACAGGUGUCUUUUAUACUGAUAACAAGUUCAAACAGGUGCCAUUAAUACAGGUAACAAGUGGAGGACAGAGGAGACUCUUAAAGAAGAAGUUACAGGUCUGUGAGAGCCAGAAAUCUUGCUUGUUUGUAGGUGACCAAAUACUUAUUUUCCACCAUAAUUUGCAAAUAAAUUCUUUAAAAAUCAGACAAUGUGAUUUUAUGGAUUUUUUUUUCUCAUUAUGUCUCUCAUAGUUGAGGUAUACCUAUGAUGAAAAUUACAGGCCUCUCUCAUAUUUUUAAGUUGGAGAACUUGCACAAUUGGUGGCUGACUAAAUACUUUUUAGCCCCACUGUAGCUGCCAAACUUAUAAGCUCUCCUUUUUUAUUUCGCAGAAAGUAUCAAGGAACUGAGCUGCUUAAAAUUAUUUUCAACUGAUGCCAGAAAGUAUACAGAUUUGUAAAUUACGUUUUUUUAAAAACCUUAAGCCUUCCUGUAAUUAUAAGCUGCUGUAUGCUCCAGAGAAGCUUUGAUCACAGUUCUCACUGCUGCCACCUCUGUCAAUUUCAGGAACUGUCCAGAGUAGGAGCAAAUAUCCAUAGAAAACUUCUGCUCCAGACAGUCCCUGACAUAGACAGAGGUGGCAGCAGAGAGCACUGUGGUCAGACUGGAAAGAAUUUCACAAUUUCUGGAGCAUGCAGCAGCUAAUAAGUAAUGGAAGGAUUAAGAUUUUUUAAUAAAAGUAAUUUACAAAUCUGUAUAACCUUUUAGCACCAGUUGUUUUGAAAGUGUUUAUUUUCCUCCGGAGUUCCCCUUGAAAUUUCACAGCCUGGCACAUUUCCUGCCCGCCCCCAGCCUGUCCUCUACUGACAUGCAGAGCCAUGUAUUUCAAUCAAAUUAAUAAAUCCCCUCUUUUUUCCUGCAUAUUUUUAUUGAACUUGGGGGGAAAAAAACAGUAGAAGAAAAAAUUAGAAGAGGAAAAAUAAAACUGAAAAAAAAAAAAGUGAGGAUGAGAACUAUUAUUAUAUUAUUAUUAUAAUCUCUCCUAGAAGCAAGUAAAUUGUACCUCCACAAUACACCUUCUGACAGGAGUUGUUUGUCAGAUUCAUCAAAAAUCCUAUAGAAACUCAUUGCAUGAACAUAGACACACAGUGAGGUCCUGUAAACUUCUAUGGAGGUUGUGUGGCGCAUGAUGCCUUAGCGUGGUAGGGCAGUGCAUACAUGAAUGUGGUAAAUAGCAGAUUUUGACUUAAAGGGGUACUCUGGCGCUAAGACAUCUUAUGCCCCAUCCAAAGGAUCGGGGUUAAGAUGCCUGAUCGCGGGGGUCCCGCCGCUGGGGACCCCCGUGAUCUUCCAUGCCGCACCCAGUUAGAAUCAGCCCCUGGAGAGUGCUCUCUCGGGGUCUGAAACCCUGGCGAUCACUCGGAUGGAGCAUAGUGACCCAGCGGCGGGACCCCUGCGAUCAGGCAUCUUAUCCCCUAUCCUUUGGAUGGGGGAUAAGAUGUCUUGGAGCCGGAGAACCCCUUUCAAAUUUUGGGCAGAGUUGUGGGUUGUCUUGAUGAGACCGUUUUUACUGCCUGUUCAUUUUUGGACACACUUAAACUUUAGGUAUUUCUGGCCCUUUUGACUCUUUUUAGACUUUCAUUGUGUAGGACUUGCGGAUACAUCCGACCAAAAUGCAGCUUCCGUACUAUAUGGUACAUGGCAAUAUGUAUUGUACAAGUCAUAUUGUUGUUAUAUUUUUGUAGAUGUAGUUGUAAUGGCAUUACUUACAUAGGGUACAUUGACAAUACAUGUAUAGAAAUUUAUGGAGAUGGCAAGGUCUCCAGAUCUUAAAUGCUGGACUGUGCAGCAUGUACUAUUGAGUGGCCUUCAAAUUUCUAUGCGUAUUUAUUUUUAUUUCCACUUGUAAUAUAAGCUUUAAAACAAUAUAAAUAUAGCCAUUGCUUGGAAUUUUUUUUUUGUGUUUCAUGUUUGCAUUUGCUGCCUACACACAGUGAACGUAGUCACUUGAACCAACGCGUUGACGAUAUAUUUUUUUUUAUAUAUUCUACCUAAGUUUGGCUCCGCCCAUAAAAUGGCUGCCUCCCUUGUGUGUAGAGCAGAAAAGCAUUUAGACUUGUACAUUGUUGUACUUUAUGUUCCAUUUGCUUUGCACAUUUAAUUCUAUUUGGAAGGUAAGACGUGAUAAAUUUGUAUUCCGAGAUGGUAAAUCCAACCCCCUUUUUCACUCAGGACUUUUGAAAUGUGAAUUUUCAUCUGAGUUAUUACAGUUCAGCUAUCGGAUAUAUUAAAGUAUAAUUUAACAGAUGUGUUGGGUGUAUCUGUGAAAAACUGAACAAAGAAAAUAAAAUCUUCCUUGAA